UUAUGUAAAGUUUCUUACAAUACAGGUGACAAGACGUAUAAGACCUUGGUCGAAUCCGUUUCCUUGGCAUCCGGAAUAUCUAGUAUGCCGAUGAACAGUCGAUUGUAACUUCGAAUUCCCUUCUCUCAAAGGUGCUGGCAUCGACGACAUGGUAGGCGAAUCUCGAAGUGUCACUUACCAAUCUUUAACAUGGUCCAUUGUCGCUUUUACAAGGGAGCGGAGAAACACUGCUGGACUAUCAACUAACAGGUCAGCUGAGUGCAUAAGAAGCCAAGUGCGCGUUUGGGUCACAUUGUUCGUUCCAUGCGCCACCACAUUGGCGAUGCUGGUUCUAGCCUUCGCAUACACUUGUGUGCCUUCUUGGUUGUCUUCAAAUGCCCUAGUCACCUUGCCACAGAGGAAUAGAUCCAGUGACCGACACCCAACAAUGGGAGAGCUCGUAAGGAAGGAAUCCGAAAAAUACUGUGCAACACGCAGCCGGAACUGUUCGGCAUCAAGAGCCUGGAAUCUCUUGAACAAGAUGCGAUCCACGACCUUAAAAACUUGCGUCACCUAUCGCGAAGUGGCUUUACAGCGACGAUCAAGGACUUUUCUCGAACCUUUCAAAGCUCGAUCGUAGCAUUCUUUCCACAUGCAAGACGGAGAACCCGACACCAAGGUUCCUCUUCCUUGAUUCCGUGGGGGUGCUCUAGGUUCGUCGGGUCGCGCACUGCAUGUACUAUCUACGAUGGAGUCAAGCUACAUAUCGAUUCACUCCAAAACGGGAUCGCAGCAGUCACCAUCCCCAGAUCCAUGACCGAGUCAUCGCUCGACUACAUGCCAAAACCGUAAUUCUUCGGCGGAAGUCUAGACCUAAGACGUCGAUGG